ACAGUAGGUGGCGGUAUGCAGUUCAGGGUAGCGAGUGCUUGCCUAAAAAAUACAAAGAAGAAGAAUGUGAUUCAGAAGAAGAAGAGAGAGGAAGUGUUUGAUUGUUCGUGUUUUGUUUUUUCCCGACGAUUCUUUGACUUUUUGGACUUACUAAUAUCAGGAUCCACACGAUUUCACGAUGAACCUGGAACGACUGCCCAAUGAGGAGAAACUCACCCUAUGCCGAAAAUAUUAUUUAGGUGGCUUUGCAUUUCUCCCAUUCCUGUGGCUGGUGAAUGUUGUUUGGUUUUUUAAGGAGGCCUUUGUAAAGCCAGAUUACACUGAACAGCUCCAGAUUAAAGCAUACGUGAAGCGGUCAGCGCUGGGGUUGCUGUUAUGGGUUACAGUGCUCACCACAUGGAUUACAAUUUUCCAGCACUUCAGAGCAGAGUGGGGGGAGGUGGGAGAUUACCUCUCCUUUACAAUUCCACUGGGCAUUCCUUGAAAAAUUCUUCUGUCAGGUCUUUUGAAAAUAACUAAUGAUCCACUAUAAUGGACCAAAAAUUAUUUUCCUCUUUUACAGUGAAAAAUUCUGGUGAUUUGUCUGGUCUCUGGCGAUUAAUGUAAUAGCUGAGUCACGUUAACUAACCCAUUUAGUCUUCAAAAGAUAAAUGCUGUAGGAUUCGAACAUUUGUGUUUUUUGUGUGCUUGCCAAGGCAUUUGAGAAAGUUAUUUUUAGAGUAGGAUAAUUAAUAUUUUUUUCUUGAUUUAUUGUGGAGUUUAAUGUUUGUGUGUGUGAUUGUGAACUCCAAACUAUUUUACUUGUAUGAAUGACAAAUAAAAACAAAAAUCCAUAAUG